UGGGGGACACGGAGCGGGGGGGACACGGAGCGGGGGGACACGGGACACGGAGCGGGAGUGAUGGACCACGGGGGGUGAUGGACCACGGCGGGUGAUGGACCACGCGGACCCGGCGGGCAGCGGGGCCGCGCACUGACCGGGGAAGAGACGGGCAGGCAAGGGGACGGGGGACAGCCAGCCGGGGGACAGACGCAGGGGGACAGCCCAAGGGGGACAGACAGACAGACAGACAGACAGCCUCGGGAGGGACAGCCAGUCUGACACGGGGGAAGCAGGACGGGCAGCCACGAGGGGUGCAGGCAGCCGAGGGCGACACGGGGACAGCCCGACGCAGGGACAGACGGACAAGGUGACAAGGGAGGACACAUCUCCAGCUCCCCCAGCCAAACGCACCCCGCCGGGGGCACCCCCGGCACCGGCGCUGCUCGGCGGGGCGGCUGCUCCGCCGCCUUCCCCGCAGGGGAUGCAGCCCGGAGCCGCGGGGACCCGCGGACCGAGACUUCGGGGCACAGCGACCCGAGACCCACCCGGGGCUACGUGUCCCCAAAGGGAUUUGAAACUGGGCCAAGCGGCGAUGGAAAUGUCAUUGUCACGGCACGGGGGCCCAGCGGAGUGAAGGCUGAGCCGAGGGAAGGGAGCGGGACGGUGCCGCACCGAACUCUGCAGAGAGAGACGGCCCCAAAAAGCCAGAGCAGCCCUGGUCGGAAGGGGCGGCAGGGGAACUGUGGGGUUCAUCUGCGCUCCCACGGGCUGCAAGGGCCACGAGACAAUACCUGGGGACCAGGAGCCACCCGUGGGGUUUGGGACAUUGGCUUUUUGACUGGACUCCAGCACCCAUCCAAACCCGAUGAGGAGCCAAGGCUGCACGUGAACCUAUGCAGACCAGGAAGAAAUACAUUUUCCUGGCUUUCCUUGCCUCUUGGCUCCUGCUUUUCUUCUUCUUCGGAGACCAGCUGCACCGUUUCGCUUUCUUUUCCGGGAGGAAAGCUGAAGCCCGGGGGAACUGGCCCCACUGGACGGAUCAAUCCCUCCUCAAAAGCUUUGCAAACCCCGAGGAGCUCCAGAGUGAUGGGGACCCCUCGCUGCCAUCACCCCAGGAGCGGCGGGCGGCAUGGCUGAAUGUCUACAAGGACAGCAGAUGCCGGAUGGAAACCUGCUUCGACUUCUCCAGGUGCGAGAAGCACGGCUUCAAAGUCUUCACCUACCCCCGGGAGAGGGACCAGCCCCUCUCGGAGAGUUACAGCAAAAUCCUCACGUCCAUCGAGCGCUCGCGCUACUACACGCCGAACCCCGAGGAAGCCUGCCUCUUCAUCCUCAGCAUCGACACGCUGGACCGCGACCAUCUCUCCAGUCAAUAUGUCCGGAAUGUUGACGAGAAAAUCCGCGCCUUCCCACUUUGGAACGGUGGCCGUAACCAUCUCAUCUUCAACCUGUACUCGGGCACUUGGCCCAAUUACACCGAGGACCUGGGCUUUGACAUCGGCCAAGCCAUCCUGGCCAAAGCCAGCUUCUACACCCAGAACUUCAGGCCAGGCUUUGACAUCUCCAUCCCUCUCUUCUCCAAGGACCACCCGCAGCGUGGCGGGGAGAGGGGCUGGUUGUAUCAGGACUCGGUCCCCCCAAAAAAGAAGUAUUUAUUGGUAUUCAAAGGGAAGCGAUACCUGACCGGCAUCGGCUCCGGCACCAGGAACGCGCUGCACCACAUCCACAACGGGAAGGACAUCGUCUCGCUCACCACCUGCAAGCACGGCAAGGACUGGGAGAAGCACAAGGACACGCGCUGCGACAAGGACAAUGUCAACUACGAAAAGUUUGACUACCAGGAGCUGCUGCACAAUUCCACCUUCUGCAUCGUGCCCCGGGGCCGGCGCUUGGGCUCCUUCCGAUUCCUGGAGGCUCUGCAGGCUGCCUGCAUCCCGGUGCUGCUGAGCGAUGGCUGGGAGCUGCCCUUCGCCGAGGCCAUCGACUGGGGCAAAGCCGUCGUCGUGGGCAGUGAGAAGCUGCUGCUGCAGAUCCCCUCUGUCGUCCGCUGCAUCCACCCGGAGCAGGUGCUGGCUUUCCAGCAGCAAACCCAGUUCCUGUGGGACGCCUACUUCUCCUCCGUCGACAAGAUCGUGCACACCACGCUGGAGAUCAUCAAGGACCGGCUGCUCCCACACCGCUCCCGCUCCCGGUUCCUCUGGAACGUGCUGCCCGGGGGGCUCCUGGCACUGCCUGAGUUCUCCACCCACCUCGGGGACUUUCCCUUCUACUACCUGCAGCGCGGCUCCAGCCCCUCCGAGAAGUUCACAGCUUUCAUCCGGGUCGUCUCGCUGUCCGGUUCCCUCUCCCAGCCGCUCCUCAGGCUCAUCCAGGCCGUCUCGGGAUCCCAGUUCUGUGCCCAGAUCCUGGUGCUGUGGAGCUGUGAGAAGCCGCCGCCGCCGAGUGGGAAAUGGCCCCAGACCUCGGUGCCUCUGAGCAUCAUCCAGGGCCAGGGGAAGCUCAGCGACCGCUUCUUCCCCUACGCAGCCAUCCGGACAGACGCUGUGCUGAGCCUGGAUGAGCACACCAGCCUUUCCACCAGCGAGGUGGACUUUGCCUUCGUGGUGUGGCGCAGCUUCCCUGAGCGCAUCGUGGGCUUCCCCGCACGGAGCCACUUCUGGGACCCCGAGCAGAGGCGCUGGGGCUACACGUCUAAAUGGACCAACGAGCUCUCCAUCGUCCUCACCGCCGCCGCCUUCUACCACAGGUAUUAUCACAGCCUCUUCACUGGGUACCUGCCAGCGGGGCUGCGGGAGCUGGUGGACAGCCUGGCCACCUGCGAGGACAUCCUGAUGAAUGUCCUGGUGGCCGCUGUCACCAAGCUGCCGCCCAUCAAGGUCACCCAGAGGAAGCAGCACAAGGAGAAUGUGCCCCAGCAGGUAGGGUGCAAGGAGGGGAGUGCAGAGACCCCCCCGGCCGGGGAGCAGAGCCCAUCACCCCAACACUCCCCUCCUGCCAAGGUCAAGGGCACGGCCGGUGGCCGGCGUUUCUCCCAGCGACAGGACUGUCUCAACCAGUUGGCGGACUGGUUCGGCUACAUGCCCCUCGUGUCCUCCCAGCUGCGCCUCGACCCCGUCCUCUACAAGGACCAGGUCUCUGUCCUGCGCAAGAAAUACCCGCGCUUGGAGAGACCCUGAGGACUGCGGGGAGGGGGUUGGGGCUGGUCCCCCGUUCCUGGUGCACGGAGCCCUCCCGGGGUGGGCAGGCGCUGCUGACGGGGUUUUACUCGUUAUUGGGUUUUACUGGUGCAAUAAAGGUGGGUGGAGAGGCA